AUGGCCUUCAACUUCAACUGGUCGCCGCUAACAGCGGAUGCCGACUUCUACGCUCGAGCGCGCGACCUCUUGACCAAAGCUCUCAAUAAGAGUCCGAAGCCGCCCAUUAUUGUCGAUGAUAUCCUCGUCAGCGAAUUUAACCUCGGAACCGUACCCCCCGAUUUGGAAAUCUUGGAGAUUGGUGACCUUGCAGAGGAUCGAUUCCGAGGCAUCUUCAAGAUGACAUAUUCUGGUGAUGCCUUUCUGACACUCAAGACAAGAGUUCAAGCAAAUCCUUUAAACACAUACCUCUACUCUAAACCGACAUUCACAUCUCCUCAGCCCUUGGCCGCUGCUUCUGGGUUGACUAUUCCACUUUCGAUCACACUAUCGGAUUUCAAGCUUUCGGCAUUCAUCAUCCUCGUCUUUUCCAAGCAAAAGGGUCUCACCCUCGUCUUUCGAAAUGACCCACUCGAAUCCCUCAAGGUAUCUUCUACCUUUGACUCGAUACAAUUCGUACGCGACUAUUUGCAACGAACUAUUGAACAACAAUUACGGAACUUGAUGAUGGAUGAACUACCAGCAAUUAUCCAUAGACUGUCCCUCCAAUUGUGGUGUCCCGAUCAAGCAAACAAGGGCACCGAAACCCCUACAGAAACAGAGGAUGAAGCUGGUGUUGACCCUCUGGCUAGCCCACCACUGGAUCCUGUGGACGCCAAUGGAAACCUUCUCGACCCCAAUGAUAUCUCUGAACUUACAUUGACUGGGAGCGGCGAGGUUCAGUCACUCUUUUCUCAGAAGAACCUGUUGCGACUUGCUGCCUUGACUGAUUCUCACCGCACCUUGUCCCUCUUCACUCCUGGUAUUCGUGAUGUCGUUUUCCGGGCUUGGACAGGCUAUGGCGAUCGAUCGGAAACAUCAACGCCCCUAGCUUCGACACCCAGUCUCACCAAGACAAUGUCGUUCCAUGCAGGCAAUUCGACAACAUACACAUUUUCGGAUACUGCAAGCAAUGCCCACGGACAACUCCCAUCUCGCCCCUCGCUUAUCAGUAUGAAUUCUGCCACGAAUGGACGAGCUCUUGGGGCUGGACGAUCACGAGCAGGACGCAAGAAGAAGACACGCGUCGUAAACCUGAGACGCACCAAAUCAGAGGCAGCUACUCCUGAAGAAGGCAGUGAAGCCUCGGAUACAGCUUCCGCUGAUAAUGCUCUAACAGACCCAGUGAUUGAGGAGUCUAUCCCUGAAGAGAGUGAGUCAUCUGUUAUCGCUGAGGCGGCCACCCCUAGUAAGGUCCGCUUCAGAAGUGCAGAAGAGGCGGGUCGUCCUCCUGUCAUGGCCAACCUUCAGAAUGCUCAACAGAUGGGCUCCCCACUCAAACAAGCCGUUCAGCCUGAACCUCAAUACUCAUCUAUUGCUGCCGCCACUUCUGGAUUCAGAACUGAGAAGGGCAAGCACCCGGGUCUAGAAAACCAAAGUGUCAGCUCUGAGAGUCCCUCUGUUAUCCUUGAACAGGCAUGGAUCAUGAAGAUGGCUGGUGAGAUCGCCAAGCGUGUCUACGAUGAGAAGAACAGACAACGCAGUCCCUGGGACGAGGAGCGCGAAGACGCUCCGCCACCAGCAUACGAGGCUGCUACUCGAUAA